AUCGAUUAUUCCUUAGUCCUGUUUUCAAAAUAAGCCAAUAAAUUAUUUUAAACAGAAAUCCCAUUAAUUUGCAACUUCGAUCUUUUUCUUUUCUAUAUAACAAACACAAGUACUAGAGCCUUGUUCAAAGAAUCCACCAGCAAACCUUUGCCCAAUUGCACCAGUACCAUAAUUUCCUCCUUUUUGGUGACUACCUUUUCUUCUCUCUCACGCCAUGAUCAAAAGUAGAGCUUGUUCUUUCAACAUCUUAAGGAUGUUGUUUGUUUUUAUGUUAGUUUUCCUUCCUACUAUAGUUUCUGGAGAUUGUACCUGCGAUGUUGAGGCCACAGAGACCAACAAAAGCGAAACACUUAGAUAUAAAUUGACUUCGGUUGCAGCUAUUCUCUUUGCUGGUGCUGUGGGUGUUGGCAUCCCACUGUUAGGCAAGAAAAUCCCAAGCCUAAGGCCUGAAAAUGACAUCUUUUUCAUGAUCAAAGCCUUUGCUGCUGGGGUAAUCCUAGCAACUGGGUUCAUCCACAUAUUGCCGGAUGCUUUUGAGAGUCUAACAUCACCUUGCCUAAACGAGAAUCCAUGGGGAAACUUUCCGUUUGCUGGUUUCGUUGCCAUGAUGUCUGCUAUAGCAACAUUAAUAGUUGAUUCAUCCGCAACAGGAUUUUAUAAAAGGCUGCACUUCAACAAAUCUAAGCAGGUGAUCAAUGGAGAUGAAGAGAUGGGCGAUGAACAUGCCGGACACAUACAUGUUCAUACACAUGCCACGCAUGGCCAUGCUCAUGGCUCAGCCAACCAUUCCGAGGAGACUAAUCUGGCUGAGCUAAUCCGUUUUCGGGUUAUAUCACAAGUGUUGGAGCUAGGAAUUGUGGCUCAUUCAGUUAUAAUUGGAAUAUCUUUGGGUGCUUCGGGGAACCCUGAAACAAUAAAACCUCUCAUAGCAGCCUUGUCUUUUCAUCAGUUUUUUGAGGGCAUGGGGCUUGGUGGCUGCAUAUCUCAGGCGCAAUUCAAGACUAGAUCUGCAGCAAUAAUGGCAACUUUUUUCUCCCUCACAACCCCAGUUGGGAUUGCAAUCGGCACUGGAAUAUCAAGCGUUUACAAGGAGAAUAGCCCGACUGCUCUGAUAGUUCAAGGGAUUUUUGAAGCUGCAUCUGCUGGGAUUUUAGUUUACAUGGCACUGGUUGAUCUACUAGCAGCAGAUUUCAUGAACCCAAGACUGCAAAACAAUCUGAGGAUUCAAUUAGGAGCAAAUCUCUCACUUCUAAUAGGAGCUGGUUGUAUGUCAGUCCUAGCCAAAUGGGCUUGAGGUUUUGAGCACCAAUAUCGAUAUGGUUAAUUUGUACUA